AUGGCUGACGGGUUUUGCAUCCGACAAUUGUCUGGCCCCGGAGUUUAUGCUUGUGUUCCGGCGCCGGCGGCAAUCCCCUUCUCUUUCCCCACUCCAUUUUCAAGAAUAGUUUGUCGGUACAGAGCAUCUCGCUUGCGUAGGCUGGUUUUAGGCAUUGGGUUCUCACUUAUGGCUGCUCCCAGUUUCGGCCCCAAGUCUUUCAUGGCGUACGCCAGGCAAAAAGGUGCUGUUGACAAGGUGUUGGAGAAUGUGGAAUGGCCGGAGCAAUUUCCCUUCAAGGAAGAGGAUUUUCAGCGUUUUGACGAGACACCCGAUAUAAUGUUCUAUGAAUCUCCUCGUUUUGUGACUCAUAUUGAUGAUCCAGCUAUUGCUGCACUCACUAAGUACUACUCGGAGGUUUUUCCCCCGAGCAAUACUCCUGGAGUUGCUAUGCUUGACAUGUGUAGCAGCUGGGUCAGUCAUUAUCCCAAAGGGUAUAAGCAAUCAAGGAUAGCUGGAAUGGGGUUGAACGAAGAGGAGCUAAACCGGAAUCCUGUUUUAACCGAAUACGUUGUGCAAGACUUAAACGUUGAUCCUAAACUCCCUUUUAAAGACAACACAUUUGAUGUCAUUACGAAUGUGGUUAGUGUUGACUAUCUAACGAAGCCUAUUGACGUGUUCAAGGAGAUGUCUCGCAUCCUCAAACCAGGUGGACUUGCUAUUAUAAGCUUCUCCAACCGGUGCUUCUUUACAAAGGCAAUCUCGAUCUGGACAUCAACUGGAGAUGCUGAUCAUGUAAUGAUAGUAGGAGCAUAUUUUCAUUAUGCUGGAGGAUUUGAGCCACCUGAGGCUGUGGAUAUAUCUCCAAACCCCAGCCGCACAGAUCCUAUUGAUGUUCGGGUUAAUUCCAAUUGGGUGUCGGGGAUUCGGGUGACGAGUGUCGUCGUUGGCGGGCCUGAUUUCGUCAUCCUUGUCGGCGUAAUUGUCUGGUGGGGAAUUGGGGGUUUGGUGGGAGGAGGAGGAAGCGGCGGUGGGGAUGGGCCAAUUGGAAGUCGUGGAGAAAUGGGGGUUUGGUGGGAGGAGGAGGAAGCGGAGGUGGGGAUGGGCCAAUUGGAAGUCGUGGAGGUGAUUUUGCUCCCGUUGUCGAGGGAAAACAACAACAAGAGAGUUUUUUAA